AUGGGCGACGGUUUGGCAGAAAUUGGUAUUUUGGUAAGUUUAUCGUAUUUAAUUAUAUUUUCUUUAAAUUUUAGGUAAAUAUUGGAUAAAACUUUAUUUAUGAACUUUGUUUUGAGGUUUUCGGAAGCUGGCGAGAUAGAACUGUUGAUUUUUAUAGUUUUCAUGAAUAAAUUAGGUAGCAAUAGUCAAAAACGUAUUUAUUUGUAGUUUAACUAUCUCUAAAGUUGAUAAUUAUUUUUUAAGACUAAACUCAUUAAAAAUUGUUUAGGAUGCACCGAAAAGAGAUCGAUCUCUUCUGGCUGUGAACACAUCCAAAGAUGCGAUGGAAGUAGAUCUGGCUAUAAAUGAAGCUGACGACUAUCUGAAGUUUAAAAAAUUGGAGAAACAACUUGAGCAUCUGGAUGUUAUGGAAGAGUAUAUCAAGUUGGAGACUAGAAACUUGGAAAAAGAGCUUUUACAUGCUCAAGAGGAGGUUGGUUUCGUAGCUUUUAAAUUAGUUUUGAAAAGCUGAAGCUAAGUAUUGUGUUUGUUUUAUACGUAUUGAUGUUUUUUAGUUGAUUUUUAAAAUUGACGUAUAACUUUAGAAGCUUAACUUUUUAAAUUUUAGGUAAAACGUAUACAAUCUGUUCCUGUUGUUAUUGGGCAGUUUUUGGAAGCUGUUGAUCAAGAUCACGCUAUUGUUGGUUCUACAACUGGUAAGAAUGCUUUGGCACCUAAAUCAAGUUGAACAUGCAACUUUUAUUUUAAUUUUUACAUUUUAGGUUCAAACUACUAUGUACGUGUGUUGUCUAUCUUGGACAGAGAAUUGCUGAAGCCAGGGUGUUCUGUUGCUCUUCACAAGUACUCAAAUGCUCUGGUUGAUGUUCUCCCACCUGAAGCGGACUCGAGUAUUCAGAUGUUGAGGCCAGAUGAAAAGCCAGAAGUGAGCUACUCUGACAUUGGUGGGUUGGACAUGCAAAAGCAAGAAGUGAAAGAAGCUGUGGAACUUCCGUUAACUCAUGGUGAACUUUAUCAACAGGUAAAAUUUCUAUUUGAUUCUUUGGUUUUUAGGUAAUAACACAGCUUUAAAGAGCUAAUACUCAAAGUUUAAAUGUUUUAGCAAUCUUUAUACGUAUUCUGACUAUAAGUUUAAUAUUUUUUGCAGAAGAUUUAUUCUAAAUACUUCAUUAUAGAUUGGUAUUGAUCCUCCACGUGGUGUACUUAUGUUCGGUCCUCCAGGUUGUGGCAAAACCAUGUUGGCCAAGGCUGUAGCCGCUCAUACCACAGCUUCCUUCAUCCGCGUUGUUGGCUCUGAAUUCGUACAAAAAUACCUUGGAGAAGGGCCUCGAAUGGUGAGAGAUGUGUUCCGUCUGGCCAAGGAAAACAGUCCAUCGAUUAUUUUCAUCGACGAAAUUGAUGCCAUUGCUACGAAACGUUUUGACGCUCAAACCGGUGCCGACAGAGAAGUACAGCGUAUUCUUCUGGAACUUUUGAAUCAAAUGGACGGCUUUGAUCAAACCACCAAUGUCAAGGUAAUAAUGGCUACGAACAGACAGGACACGUUGGAUCCGGCUCUACUUCGACCUGGUCGUUUGGACAGAAAAAUCGAAUUCCCAACACCAGAUCGUCGACAAAAGCGUCUUAUCUUCAGUGCCAUCACCGCCAAAAUGAACUUGAGUGACGAUGUGGACAUGGAAGACUUUGUUGCACGACCAGACAAGAUUUCUGGAGCCGACAUCAAUUCCAUCUGUCAAGAAGCCGGUAUGCACGCUGUGAGAGAGAAUAGAUAUGUUGUACUGACCAAGGACUUUGAUAAGGCCUACAAGAACGUUGUGAAGAAGGAUUUGAACGACUUUGAAUUCUACAAAUAA